AGAAUAUAUGUCUUUCCAGAGUUUAACGGUUAAAUACAUGACGUUGUAAUAUGCCGUCUGGGAGAUAAUAUAGAGAACCAGAACCACACCAGACCUUUUUCUUUUAACUUUUCCUAAACUAAAAUGCUGAAAUUUAAAUAGCAGAAAAGAAAAAGAGAAAAAGGAGGGACCUUUUGUAUGAGAUUAUAAAAUGACAAGAGCUAAGCUGAUAUACAAAACUAGGCCUCUCUCACAACCCUCUUAGCUGAAGGAGAUUCGGGACUUUUCAGUGCAACAAUCAAAGAGAUGGCUAGAAAUGAGUGGAUCAAUAGUUACCUGGAAGCUAUUCUUGAUGUUGGAACUAGCAACAAGAAGAGGUUCGAGAGCAACUCCAAGAUCGUCCAGAAGCUUGGAGAUAUGAAUAGGAAAGAUCAACAAGAUAAGGUGUUUAGUCCCAUCAAGUACUUUGUGGAAGAGGUCGUCAACAGUUUCGAUGAGUCUGACCUUUAUAAAACAUGGAUUAAGGUGAUAGCAACAAGGAAUACUCGUGAACGGAGUAACAGGCUUGAGAAUAUAUGCUGGCGUAUAUGGCAUCUUGCACGCAAGAAAAAGCAGAUUGUGUGGGAUGAUGGGAUUAGACUUUCCAAACGGAGAGAUGAACGUGAACAAGGCCGCAAUGAUGCAGAGGAGGAUCUUUCUGAGCUUUCUGAAGGAGAGAAGGAAAAGAAUGACGUUGUCACGACUCUAGAACCACCCCGAGACCACAUGCCUCGUAUCCGCUCUGAAAUGCAAAUUUGUAUGCAUGGACUCGUGCGUGGAGAAAACAUGGAGCUUGGCAGAGACUCUGAUACUGGUGGGCAGGUGAAAUAUGUUGUUGAGCUUGCUCGUGCUUUGGCCAACACUGAAGGUGUACACAGGGUUGAUCUCUUAACCCGGCAGAUCAGUUCACCAGAGGUUGACUCAAGCUAUGGGGAGCCAAUUGAGAUGUUGUCAUGCCCUCCAGAAGGUAGCGGAAGCUGCGGUUCCUACAUUAUCCGAAUCCCCUGCGGUUCUCGAGACAAGUACAUACCAAAAGAGUCACUCUGGCCUCAUAUUCACGAGUUUGUUGACGGAGCGCUGAAUCACAUAGUGGACAUAGCAAGGUCUCUCGGGGAGCAAGUGAACGGAGGGAAGCCAAUAUGGCCUUAUGUGAUUCACGGCCAUUAUGCUGAUGCAGGAGAAGUAGCUGCACAUUUGGCAGGAACGUUAAAUGUGCCGAUGGUUUUAACUGGCCACUCUUUGGGGAGGAACAAGUUUGAGCAGUUGCUUAAACAAGGGAGGAUCACAAGAGAGGAUAUUAACAAAACUUACAAGAUUAUGAGGAGAAUAGAAGCUGAAGAGCUGAGCCUAGACGCAGCUGAGAUGGUUGUGACAAGCACACGGCAAGAGAUUGAGGCACAGUGGGGACUGUACGAUGGGUUUGAUAUCAAGCUGGAGAGGAAGCUGAGGGUUAGAAGACGGCGUGGAGUCAGCUGCUUUGGACGAUACAUGCCACGGAUGGUGGUUAUACCGCCAGGCAUGGACUUUAGCUACGUCUUGACACAUGAUUCACAGGAUACUGAUGCAGAUCUCAAGUCACUAAUUGGCCCUGACCGGAACCAGAUAAAAAAACCUCUACCUCCAAUAUGGUCUGAGAUAAUGCGGUUUUUCACAAAUCCUCAUAAGCCAACCAUACUUGCGUUGUCUCGUCCUGACCCCAAGAAAAAUGUCACUACAUUGCUCAAAGCUUUUGGUGAAUGUCAGCCUCUUCGAGAACUAGCCAACUUGACACUCAUACUAGGAAACAGAGAUGACAUCGAAGAGAUGUCUAAUAGCAGUUCAGUUGUUCUCAUGAAUGUGCUAAAGCUGAUAGAUCAGUAUGACUUGUACGGCCAAGUAGCUUAUCCCAAGCAUCACAAACAAUCUGAAGUCCCAGACAUUUAUCGUUUAGCAGCCAAAACAAAGGGGGUUUUCAUCAAUCCAGCUCUGGUGGAGCCAUUUGGUCUCACGCUCAUUGAGGCAGCUGCUUAUGGUCUACCCAUUGUUGCCACCAAAAAUGGUGGGCCUGUUGAUAUCUUGAAGGCACUAAACAAUGGUCUCCUAGUCGACCCCCAUGAUCAACAAGCCAUCUCUGAUGCCCUUCUGAAGCUAGUUUCUAACAAACAUCUCUGGGCUGAGUGCAGAAAAAACGGACUCAAGAACAUCCAUCGUUUUUCAUGGCCUGAGCAUUGCCGUAACUACCUUUCCCAUGUUGAACACUGCAGAAACCGACACCCCAACAGUAGUCUUGACAUAAUGAAAAUUCCAGAAGAACCGAUAAGUGAUUCUCUAGGGGAUGUAGAUGACAUAUCUUUGAGAUUCUCCAUGGAUGGAGAUUUCAAGCUCAAUGGGGAAGUAGAUGCAAUUACUAGACAGAGGAAACUAGUCGAUGCCAUAAGUCAAAUGAAUUCUAUGAAAGGUAGUAGCUCAUCUGUUCUCUACAGCCCUGGUAGGAGACAGAUGCUCUUUUUGAUUAGUGUUGAUGCUUACGGCGAUAAGGGAGACAUCAAAGCAAAUUUGGAACAUGUCAUCAAGAAUGUGAUGAAAGCUGCAGCUUUGACAUCGAGCAAAGGAAAAAUAGGUUUUGUUCUGGCAACAGGUUCAAGCGUGCAAGAAGUUGUGGAGAUUACAAAGAAAUACCUGAUUAACUUGGAAGAGUUCGAUGCAAUAGUUUGUAACAGCGGAAGUGAGAUCUACUAUCCAUGGAGAGACAUGGUGGUUGAUGCAGACUAUGAAGCUCAUAUGGAAUACAAAUGGCCUGGUGAAAGUAUAAGGUCAGUGAUUCUGAGACUUGCAUGUACAGAACCUGAAACUGAGGAUGGCAUCACAGAGUAUACAAGCGCAUGCAGUACAAGAUGCUAUGCAAUUUCUGUAAAACAAGGAGUCGAGACUCGAAGAGUUGAUGACCUUAAGAAGAGGCUUCGUAAUAGAGGUUUAAGGUGCAGCAUUGUUUACACACAUGCUGCAACAAGGCUAAAUGUUAUACCACUAUGUGCAUCAAGAAUACAAGCAGUUAGGUAUCUUUCAAUCAGGUGGGGAAUCGACAUGUCGAGGUCUGUUUUCUUUCUGGGAGAAAAGGGAGACACAGACUAUGAAGACUUGCUUGGUGGCCUCCACAAAACCAUCAUUCUUAAAGGUGCAGUGGGAUCUAACAGUGAGAAGCUUCUUCGCAGCGAAGAAAAUUUCAAAAGAGAAGACGCGGUUCCACGAGACAGCCCUAACAUGUCCUAUGUCGAAGAGAAUGGAGGACCUCCGGAAAUUCUAUCCACUUUAGAGGCCUAUGGUAUAAAGUAAUCUAUAUUUUUUUUUUAAUUUUCCUCUCCCUGCUUAUUAUAGUAUAGAUCUCAUAUACCUCAGUGGAUUGUAAACAGUGAGACUACACGAUACUUUAUACUGCAAUAAAUAAGCGGGAUAUAACUUUGCAAGUACAUAUACUUUACACAUUAUAAAAAGUUUGAUUGCUACCUGAAGGAUCAUGGUACUCUAUCUAGUGAUAUCGCCCCUUCAUUGGCCUAUCUUCAACCAACAAUGUAUUGUUCCUUGUCACAUCCGCAUUUUCAGUGUAAAGAAAGUCCC